AUGUAUUUACUUUUUGAUACUCCUGUGAGCCUUUGGCUUAUUGCAAUCGGAACCUUUGCUGUUUACCAUGCUGUUCGUGCUGUCUAUUUGAUCUUCUUCAGCCCACUGGCCGUUUUUCCAGGAUCACCAUGGGCGGCCUUAGGAGAAUAUUGGGAGGCCUAUUGGAACAUUGGUAUCCGACCUGGGCAAAAAGGCCAGACACUGUUCAAGCUCGAAGAGAUGCACAAGAGACUGGGACCUGCGUUGCGUAUGGGUCCCAAUGAGGUUCAUAUCUACGAUCCAGAAUUUUACCAUGAGCUAUACCGAGCAGGUAGUCGAUACUACAAAGAUCCCACUAUGCAUAAAGUACUGGGUGCACCGUCAAGUACUCUGGCUGAGUGCGACCCAGUGCGACACAAGCAGCGCAAAGCACCGCUUGAGCAAUUGUUCUCCAAGAAAAACAUACUGAGUUUGGAGCAGAUGCUAAUGGAACAUGUGGACUACUGCUCAGAACGCUUCGAUGAAUAUUUCGCCCAGGGAAAACCUGUAUCGAUGGAGUGGGCCUUGAAGUCUCUCGCAAUGGACAUGGUUUCUCAGUUUGCCUUUGGCCAAUCCUUCGAUGCUCUCUCCGACCCAGAGUUCAAAUCUCUCCCUGUGCGAGUCUUCCAGCAAUACCUUCCCAGUCUACAUGUUAUCAAAGCAUUCCCGUUUGUCAGACUUCUUAACUCGCUGCCUUUGUGGAUUGCGAAAAGAAUUCCGCAUUCUGUUGAAAUGGGCCAUGAGCUGGAACAGUUCGCCUCUCGUCGCAUCGAUGAGUAUAUUGCCGCCGCAUCCAAAGGGAAAACUCCUAGUUUCUCCACAGUCAUGGAACGUUUGCUUAUUCCCCUGCCCGAAAAAGGCUACGCGGUCCCCGACAAAAGUGGCCUGCGCGAUGAGCUUCUCACCCUCAUCUCUGCGGGUGAUGAUACCACAGGCAUUGCCAAUACCGUCACCCUGUUCUAUAUCUUCAAUGAUCGUCAAAUACAUGCUCGACUCCUAGCAGAGCUCAAAACCGUCCUGCCAACGUCAAAUUCUCAUACAACAUACAUUCAGCUUGAGAAGCUGCCUUAUUUGACUGCAGUGAUUAAAGAGGGUCUAAGAUACUCAUCUCCGGCAGCAUCUCGUACUCCCCGUCUCGUUCCACCAGGUGGUGUCCGUCUCCCAGAUGGCCGGUUCAUCCCCAGUGGUACCCGGGUAGGAAUGGCGAUCUACCACAUCCAUUAUAACGAGACUCUUUUCGAAAAUCUACGGGUGUUCGAUCCAGAACGCUGGCUUCAGGAACCUGAGAUAUUGGCACAGAGAACGAAGUUUCUAGUGCCCUUUUCACGAGGAAGUCGGUCGUGUCUGGGAAUCAAUUUGGCAUACAUGGAGAUGUAUAUGGCUAUUGCCUAUAUUGUUCGAUGUUUCGAUUUGGAUUUAGUAGGAACGACUGUGGAGGAUAUGAAGUGGGAAGAUAUGGUUGUGCCACAGUUUCAUGGUGAGUUUCUGGCGUUGACAAAGAGGCGAAUAGACUAG